UCAACACUGUGGGCACGCCCACCACCAGUGGCGCGGCCACACCAGGAAGUACACCAAACAUCUUCGCUGCUGCCACGGCAACGCCCAAGAGCAUGAUCAACACCACAGGUGCCACUGACUCUGCCUCUUCUUCCUCUUCUUCUUCCUCAUCCUUCGUCAACGGUGCGACCAGUAAGAACCUACCAGCCGUACAGACAGUGGCUCCCAUGACCGAAGACACCGUUGAGAGCAUGAGUGUCUAUUGUGAGGUGGAGCAGUGUGAGCUGCGCAGCGGUUUGACUCCUCCUGAGCUCAAGCCCUUUAGCUCUCUGGCAGGCUUCCAGACAGCGCCCCGCGAUGCAGGACAGUGUCUUAGUAUCACCACUAAGUUGGAGCGCGCCCUGGAGAAGGUGGCCCCCCUCCUGAGGGAGAUCUUUGUGGACUUUGCUCCGUUCCUCUCUAGGACCCUGUUGGGUAGCCAUGGCCAGGAGCUGCUCAUUGAAGGUCUGGUCUGUAUGAAGUCCAGUACUUCAGUAGUGGAGCUGGUCAUGCUGCUCUGUUCUCAGGAGUGGCAGAACUCUAUCCAGAAGAAUGCUGGGCUGGCCUUCAUAGAGCUCAUCAAUGAGGGAAGAUUGCUGUGCCAUGCUAUGAAGGACCACAUUGUGCGUGUGGCCAACGAAGCAGAGUUUAUCCUCAACAGACAGAGAGCUGAAGACGUACACAAACACGCUGAGUUUGAGUCUAACUGUGCCCAGUACGCUGCUGACAGGAGGGAGGAGGAGAGGAUGUGUGAUCACCUGAUCAGCGCUGCCAAGCACAGGGACCAUGUGACCGCCAACCAAUUGAAACAGAAGAUACUCAACAUCCUGACCAAUAAGCACGGGGCGUGGGGCACGAUGUCACAGAGCCAAUUACAUGACUUCUGGCGUCUGGAUUACUGGGAGGAUGACCUGAGGAGGAGGCGGAGAUUCGUACGGAACCCCUUUGGCUCCACCCACCCUGACGUGUCACUCAAAGCCCUGGAGGACUAUGGUACUGAGGAGGAGGAAGAGGAGGGGCUAAAGUCUAAGAAGACGUUCCGCAGCCAGUCAGUGGUCAGUCAGAACCCGGAGGCGGAGCUUAUGCUGGAAGGAGAUGACGACGCUGUCAGUCUGCUGCAGGAGAAAGAGAUGGACAACCUGGCAGGCCCUGUGGUGCUCAGUACUCCAGCCCAGCUGGUUUCUCCAGUAGUGGUGGUCCACGGGACUCUCUCCAUCACCACUACAGAGAUCUACUUUGAGGUGGACGAGGACGACCCGGCCUUCAAGAAGAUCCACACCAAGGUCCUGGCCUACUCCGAGGGUCUACAUGGCAAGUGGAUGUUCAGUGAGAUCAGAGCUGUCUUCUCCAGAAGAUACCUGCUCCAGAACACUGGUCUAGAGGUCUUCAUGGCCAACCGCACGUCUGUGAUGUUCAACUUCCCCGACCAGGCUACAGUGAAGAGGGUCGUCUACAGCCUACCCAGGGUGGGAGUAGGAACCAGCUACGGACUGCCUCAGGCCAGGCGUAUCUCCUUGGCGACCCCUCGUCAGCUGUUUAAGUCGUCCAACAUGACCCAGCGCUGGCAGAGGAGGGAGAUCUCCAACUUCGAGUAUCUCAUGUUCCUCAACACCAUCGCAGGGAGGACCUACAAUGAUCUGAACCAGUACCCAGUGUUUCCUUGGGUUCUCACUAACUAUGAGUCAGAGGAGCUGGACCUCACUCUGCCUGGCAACUUCAGAGACCUAUCCAAGCCAAUCGGAGCGUUGAACCCGAAGCGAGCUGUGUUUUAUGCAGAACGCUAUGAUACCUGGGAGGAGGAAGGAACGCCUCCGCAUCACUACGGCUCCCUCUACUCUACCGCUAACACCACACUGCUCUGGAUGCUGCGGAUAGAGCCCUUCACCACGUUCUUCCUGAAUGCCAAUGAGAACCAGUUUGACCACCCUGACAGAGCCUUCUCUGGCAUCGCACGGGCAUGGAGGGACUGCCAACGAGACACCGCUGACGUCAAGGAGUUGAUCCCAGAGUUCUACUACCUCCCAGAGAUGUUUGUUAACAGUAGUGGUUUUGAGCUGGGACAGAGAGAAGAUGGGACUCCUGUGUCUGAUAUAGAACUGCCAGCCUGGGCCAAGAAACCUGAGGACUUUGUACGCAUCAACCGCAUGGCGUUGGAGAGUGAGUUUGUGUCGUGCCAGCUGCACCAGUGGAUAGAUCUGAUAUUUGGUUAUAAGCAGCGAGGGCCCGAGGCUGUACGAGCUCUCAAUGUCUUCCAUUUCCUGUCCUACGAGGGCUCCGUCACUUUGGAUACCAUCACCGACCCCGCACAGCGGGAGUUGAUGGAGACCCAGAUCCAGACAUGUGGUCAGACUCCAUCCCAGCUGCUGAUCGAGCCACACCCCCCUCGCUCCUCUGCCAUGCACCUGUGUUUUCUUCCUCAGAGUCCUCUGAUGUUUAAGGACCAGAUGCAGCAGGAUGUGAUCAUGGUGCUGAAGUUCCCCUCCAACUCCCCUGUGACCCACGUAGCAGCCAACACCCUGCCCCACCUCUCUGUCCCUGCUGCUGUCACCGUCACCUGCAGCAGAUUGUUCGCUGUCAACCGUUGGCACAACACCGUCGGUCUGCGGGGCGCUCCAGGUUACUCCCUAGAACAGGCUCAUCACCUGCCCAUAGAGAUGGACCCUCUCAUUGCCAACAACUCAGGUGUGAGUAAGCGUCAGAUCACAGACCUGGUGGACCAGAGCAUCCAGAUCAACACACACUGCUUCGUGGUUACCGCCGACAACCGCUACAUCCUGGUCUGUGGCUUCUGGGACAAGAGCUUCAGAGUCUACUCUACCGAGACAGGUAAGCUGACCCAGAUAGUGUUUGGCCACUGGGACGUGGUGACGUGCCUGGCCCGGUCAGAGAGCUACAUCGGGGGGGACUGUUACAUCGUGUCGGGGUCCAGAGACGCUACCCUGCUGCUGUGGUACUGGAGCGGACGCCAUCACAUCAUAGGAGACAACCCCAACAACAGUGACUACCCUGCUCCUAGAGCUGUGCUGACGGGUCACGACCAUGAGGUGGUGUGUGUGUCCGUCUGCGCUGAGCUGGGACUGGUCAUCAGUGGGGCCAAAGAGGGCCCAUGUCUGGUCCAUACUAUAACAGGGGAUCUGCUGAGGGCCCUGGAGGGCCCAGAGUUGUGCCUGAGGCCCCGCCUCAUCUCUGUGUCCAGCGAGGGCCACUGUAUCAUCUGUUAUGAGAGAGGACGCUUCUGUAACUUCAGCAUCAACGGGAAACUACUGGCUCAGAUGGAGGUCAACGACUCUACACGGGCGAUCCUGUUGAGUAGUGACGGUCAGAACCUGGUGACAGGAGGAGACAACGGGGUGGUGGAGGUGUGGCAGGCCUGCGACUUCAAACAGCUCUACAUCUACCCAGGCUGUGACGCUGGCAUCCGCGCCAUGGACCUCUCUCACGACCAGAGGACUCUGAUCACUGGCAUGGCGUCUGGCAGCAUCGUAGCUUUCAACAUCGACUUCAACCGCUGGCACUACGAACACCAGAACAGGUACUGAGGAGAGGAGGAUGAAGAGGAGGAGGAAGAGGAGGAGAGGAGGAUGAAGACGAGGAGAGGAGGAUGAAGAGGAGGAUGGAGAGGAGGAGGAAGAGGAGGAGAGGAGGAUGAAGACGAGGAGAGGAGGAUGAAGAGGAGGAUGAAGAGGAGGAUGGAGAGGAGGAGAGGAGGAUGAAGAGGAGGAUAGGAGGAGGAGGAGAAGGAGACGAGGAUGGAGAGGAGGAGGAGGAUGAAGAGGAGGAGGAUGAAUAGGAGGAUAGGAGAAGGAGAAGGAGACGAGGAUGAAGAGGAGGAGAGGAGGAUGAAGAGGAGGAUGGAGAGGAUGAAGAGGAGGAGAAGGAGACGGGGAUGAAGAGGAGGAGAGGAGGAGGAGAGGAAGAUGAAGAGGAGGAGAGGAGAAGGAGACGAGGAUGAAGAGGAGGAGAGGAGGAUGAAGAGGAGGAUAGGAUGAUGAAGAGGAGGAUAGGAGGAGGAAGAGGAGGAGAGGGGUAUGAAGAGGAGGAGAGGAGGAUGACAGGGGUAUGAAGAGGAGGAUGAUGAGGAGAAUGAAGAUGAUGAUGAAGAGGGGGGGAGAGGAUGAAAAAGAGAGAGGGAAGGAGGAGGACUUAAAUAGAAGAAAUUGGAAGAGAAGAGGCGAGUUUAAAGGUCACGCUGUACGACCAUGAAGCAACAAGAAGAAAGAGAGGAAGGAACUGAAAACCCUUCGAACGUCCUGUGAUGAUGUCACUUGAAAAGGAAGAGAGCCCAGUUACUGUAAGACAUCUUCCAUUUGUGUGUACGUGCACGCUCACGUGCGCUGCCAUUUCAACCCUUUUACUGCAGCCACGCGACACCCCGAAGGAUCCCUAAUAACAAUACACUAUGAUCAAAUAAGAAGAUCCAAUCUACUACUAGACGUUGACUGGGUCGGAACCUGUAGGACUUAUAACGUGUGAGAACAGUCACUGGUCAAAACGCUUAUCGCUUCACAGGACUAAAUAACAAUAGUACUAUUUGUUUAGUUGCUUUAGUUAUUAAGUUAUGUUUAUUUGGUUUAAGUUUAUUUAGUUAGGUUUAUUUAGGUCUAUUUAGUUAGUCUUAUUUAGGUUUAUUUAGUCAGGUUUAUUUAGUUAGUCUUAUUUAGGUUUAUUUAGUCAGGUUUAUUUGGGUUUAUUUAGUCAGGUUUAUUUGGGUUUAUUUAGUCAGGUUUAUUUAGUUAGUCUUAUUUAGGUUUAUUUAGGUUUAUUUAGUUAGUCUUAUUUAGGUUUAUUUAGUCAGGUUUAUUUGGGUUUAUUUAGUCAGGUUUAUUUAGUUAGUCUUAUUUAGGUUUAUUUAGGUUUAUUUAGUUAAUCUUAUUUAGGUUUAUUUAGUCAGGUUUAUUUGGGUUUAUUUAGUCAGGUUUAUUUGGGUUUAUUUAGUCAGGUUUAUUUAGUUAGUCUUAUUUAGGUUUAUUUAGUCAGGUUUAUUUGGGUUUAUUUAGUCAGGUUUAUUUAGUUAGUCUUAUUUAGGUUUAUUUAGUCAGGUUUAUUUAGUCAGGUUUAUUUAGGUUUAUUUAGUCAGGUUUAUUUGGGUUUAUUUAGUCAGGUU